AUGGAUUUCACCGUCCGAUCAUACAUAGGGACCAUAUCUGCAAAGUUCAACACGCUCGAUCGUAUCACACGCAGGGGACAUAACCUUCCACCUCACCGAGACUUCAACGUUGUCGGCUCAUUGGCAUACGCAACUACCACUCGUCAUGCACUCACCGGUAUCAUCGACCACGAGGUGGAAUAUAGUGCUGCCACGGAGGAGAUCCAGAGCAAGAUGGCCGAAAUCGAGUCAAAGGGAUAUGGGCCCGAUCUUGCAGGCCGGAUCGACCGCAUUCAAUACUAA